UUUAGCUAAAAUUGUAUAAAGCCUUAUGGAAAACACACAGCAUCAUACAAUUAACUACGUGUUAUUGCAUGAAUGUUUCGAAUUAGACAAGUAAUAACACUGCGUGCACUCGAAAUUGAAAUAAGCACGGCCUCCAUGUGACUUAUGUAGUAGGUCCCGUUCAGCUCAAGUCGUCGAAGUUAACACAAAAUUCAGAAAUUGCAGUUACAAGGAACCUCUAACGAUGAAGUUUUUUAUCAACGCCAUUAUCUUCUUGCAAUGGUUAAACAAUGUUUAUGGAUGGUGGGGCUGUUUUAAAGUUACCGGCAUGCUAAAAUGCGGACCAAAGUUAUAUCAGCCCGCGAGAGCACAGCUUUACGAUGACGAUACACUUACAAAAGAUGACAACAUGAUCGUGGAAUUCGGUUACGGGAGCAACGGUUUUGGUCCCAAUCGAUUCAUUACACAUAACUCUGCGCUUAUUUUAGAGGGUUGUGCUGAAGAUUUUGGCACUGUGCCAGAUCCUCAUUUGCGAAUUUCUAAUUACCAAUGUUACGGAAAAACAGUGGAAUUCAAAGUUAAAGUAAAUGAAAAGAAAUGCCGGUAUUCUAGAGGACCUCUUCAAAAGAAUAAUGGAGGUUUUGUUAAAACUGUGCACCAAUUCGAGUGUUACGGUGUAGAAAUUGAUUUGGAAACAGAGAAGGUCGAACAGCAAGUUAAAAGAUUAUCACAUUAAAAAUUAGUUCUUCAUGUAAUUUUCACUAUUGUGCGAAUCAGGAAGUUAUGAAUUAAUUUAAUAAAGUUUAAAGUACUCGGUUCACUUCUAGUGUUUUAGUUCUUUGAAUAAAAGAUAACACAUAUAUUGUCACUUAUAUUUGUCAUC